AUGAAAAUUUUCACAAACAUUUUUCCGUUUUUGCAGGCGAGAAGCCCUGUGCUUGUUGCAGCCAUUUUUAUAUCAGGAAUAGGAGGAACCUUUCAAUACGGCUUCCAUAUCUCUGUCCUUAACUCACCAUCACUUUUUAUUAAAGAGCUGGUGAACAGCACCUGCCAGCAGCGUUAUGGCCGCUCUCUUGAGCCCUGGGAGCUGUCCCUCAUCUGGUCCUUCAUUGUGUCCAUGUACUGCAUGGGAGGACUGGCUGGAACCCUGUAUGCUGGACAUCUGGCAGGAGCGUAUGGAAGGAAGACAACUCUGCUUUUGAACAAUGUGGUGGCAAUCUGUGGAGCUGUCCUGAUGUUGUUGAGUAAAACCGCCCUCUCGUUUGAGAUGAUCAUGGUGGCACGUGUCCUAUACGGCAUCAACGCUGGUGUGAGUUUGACUGUCCACACCAUGUAUAUAUUGGAGUGCGCCCCCAAGAGGCUGCGUGGGAUGGUUGGUGUGUCUGUGGCCACUUUUGUCUCAAUGGGGAAGUUUUUUGGCCAGCUGCUCGGGAUCAGUGAGGUGUUAGGCACUGAGGAGCACUGGGUCUGGCUGCUGGCCUUCAGCGGGGCGGCUGGUCUCCUGCAGCUACUGACUCUGCCCUUUCUCCCUGAGUCCCCACGGUACCUCCUGCUGGAGAAGGCAGACAAACACGGCUGUGAGACGGCUCUGCGCAGGCUGUGGGGAGCUAAAAAGGACCCUGGGCCAGAGAUGGAGGAGAUGUUGGCUGAACACGCCUCCCUAAAGGGAGUGAAGAUCCACGGGCUCAUGGACCUCUUCCUCGACCACAACGUCCGCUGGCAGCUCCUCACCGUCCUCGUCACAUUCGUCACGCUGCAGCUCUGCGGCAUCAAUGCUGUCUAUCUCUAUUCGUUUGAUGUGUUUCAAGCGGCCGGUAUUGCCGAGGAGAACCUGCGCUAUGCCGCCCUGGGAACAGGCCUGUGUGAAGUCUCCACCUCCAUUGCCUGCGUGCUGAUCAUUGAGAGCACAGGGAAGAGAGUGCUUCUCUUUAGGGGUUACCUGUGCAUGGCUGCCUCACUGGCCCUGCUUACACUCACACUUUACCUUCAGGACCUUGUAUCCUGGAUGCCUUAUUGCAGCAUGGUCCUUAUUUUCACCUACAUCAUCUUCUUCUCUAGCGGGCCAGCCGGGGUGACAGCACCACUUCCUGGUGAGAUUUUCACACAGUCCUAUAAACCACCAGCAUUCAUGGUAGCCUGCAUCCUCAACUGGGUGGGACUCUUCCUGGUGGGCAUGUUGUUUCCUCUCAUAGUGGAGCAUUUGGAUUAUUUCUGCUUCCUCAUAUUUUUUGUGUUCUGCUUCUUCUCUGGCGUUUUUGUGUGGUUCCACGUGCCUGAGACAAAGAAUAAAACUGUUCUGGAGAUCACAGAGGACUUUAAGAGAAUGCACCAGAAACGCAGACACUCACUACAGUCCAAACUGAGCUCAAUACAUAUAAACAACAUCCAGACCACCAUAUGUACCAAGCUUUAG